GCACUGCGGGCCCGGGCCGGUGCGCAGGGGACAGCCCGGCCGGGGCCGCUGCGCUCCGGGACGGGGCUGGGGGAGCGUCCCCUGUGCAUGGGGCUGUCAGCGCGCCGGCUGCCGCUCGGGUGUUUAGCCUUCACCUCCUGAGCGCCUGCGGUUUGUUUUCUGGCGCAGGGUUUGAAGCCCAGACCCAGAAAUGAGGAAGGUUCUGUGCGUGGAGCCCGUCAUUUUCAUCUACAUUUUUGCGUCCUCCCUGACGAGCCCGCUGGUGCAGCAGUUCAUCUACCGGCGGCUGUGGGAGCAGGAGUACAACUCCACUUUCGUGAGCGACAGCAAUGUCAGCCACUGCGAGCAGAAUAAGAGCAGCCCGGCUUAUAUCAAACAGAAGGCAAUUCAAGAAAAAGCCUCUGUUUUUAAUAUGCAGUUGGACUUAACCAGAGCCAUUCCCAGCCUUACAGUUGCCUUUGUCAUUGUAGCUAAUGGGGAUCGCCAGGGACACAAAAGGUCUUUAGUUUUACCAUCAAUGGGAGCUUUGAUUUCUGGUAUUAGCUUCACUGCAAUAUCAUAUUUUUCCUUGUCACUCUCUGUCCUAUUUGCAGUUGCAUUUGUUACUGGACUGUUUGGGAGUCUAGCAACUUUCCUUGGAGGAGGCUUUGCUUAUAUAGCAGAGGAGUGUCAUGAUGAGAAGCAGAAAACAACACGAAUAGCUGUAGUGGAUUUGAUUUUUGGAGUUGUAUCUGGAUUGGCAGGACUGUCAUCUGGCUACUUUCUAAGAGGAAUAGGCUUUGCAUGGACAUUUGUGAUAGCAUCUCUGCUCCAUGUCAUUAAUAUCAUCUAUAUUGUAUUUUUUCUGGAAGAUACCACAAGCGUAUCUCAGUUCCAGCAUGAAGCACCCGUAUCCUGGAAAGAACUUCUUAGGGAGACAUUUUCUGGAGUGUACAUGCUUUUUAAAACUGCCCCUUAUAAAAAGAGAAUUUUAAUAAUUGUGUUACUUUUUACAUUUAUGACUUAUUUGUUUACUCUGCUGGGUGGGAGUUCACUUUUUACACUGUAUGAGCUGGAUGAGCCACUCUGCUGGAAUGAAGUAUACAUUGGAUAUGGAGCAGCUGCAUUUACUUCUGUCUCGCUGACCAGCUUUUUAGGAGUUUACUUAUUUUCCAAAUGUCUCAAAGACAUUUAUAUUGUCUUUAUUGGGAUAUUUUCUUACAUUGGAGGAAUGAUCAUGGCUGCCUUUGCCAAAACUACCCUGCUCAUGUUUUUAGUGAGAGUGCCAUCUUUGUUCUGCUUUAUGCCCAUACCUGUUCUCCGAUCCAUGCUGUCAAAAGUGGUUCUCACUGGUGAACAGGGUGCUGUGUUUGCUUGUAUUGCCUGUUUAGAAGUUGUGACCGGCACUCUGUCAAUUUCAAUUUUUAAUAUUCUCUAUGCAACCACUGUUGCAUGGUUUUCAGGCUUUAGCUUCCUCCUAUCGGCAGGCCUUUGUCUAAUUCCACUGUCUGUCCUGUGCUGGCUUCUGUGCACAAGCUGGAAUGGGGAGGACUUGGCUCUGCUGGUACCUGAAGAAGUAUCCAGCAUAGAGAGUGCUGACAGUUGAACAAAGGAUUCACAUACCUGGGAUUUCUAAUCUGACAUGCAGUGGCAGAGAUCCUUCUGUCACACUGAAACCACAGAGAUAAGUCUCCAAGUGGCCCUGCAGCAAUAAGCACUAAAUUGGCACCACUCAGUACCCAGUCUCUUCUUAGCACUUGACUAAAACUAGCUCUUAACUAUGGAAAUAGGCUGGCAAUUGAGAUUAAUGCUGCUUCAGCUUGAAGGAAAAAUACAGCAGGAUGAUACUUUUUCCACUUACCCUUUCUCAAGUUUGAGAAUGUCAGCUGUGGAUUGUGGUACAUCUUGUAUCACUCUAAACUGGGCGACAGAGAUAAGCUGAGCAGCCCAGGGGAUGCUGGCAAUUCUGCUGAAGCCGUUGCAGCUUGUGCCAGCUGAGGAAGUGGUCCACUGUGUACAUCUUGAAAGGCCUGUCUUAACAGUGAAGCCCCCAAACUGCCUAAAAUUACUAAACUAAAAGAUAGUUUUUUUCAGAAAGCAAACUGGAGGCAGUACUUGCACCUACAGUAAGUACACUUACUGUUCUGCAGCUAGCAGAGUGUUUGUGUAAGUUUAACAUAAGAUGUGUGACUUAGUUCUUGAAAUGGAUUUUCACCCAGAACUGUCAGAAAAUUUCCAUCUUGCAGAGUGUGAAGUUCAGCCUAAACCUUUUGCAGAGGCCAUAUUGCACAUUUAUUAUUUUCCAUAUAUUAAGGACUGCAUACAGACAUCUCUGUCUUGUCCCAGAGAUAGUUCUUGUUUUCUAGUUACUUGACUUAAAUGUUUCUUUUAGUGAAAAGCUGUGAUAGCAUUUCUUAUCUAUAGAUCUUUAUUUUUUUAACAACCCUGAAAUGAGGUGACAAAAUCAGAAUUAUGAAUCUAAUCAUCUUGCAACGAAUGCAGCAUAAUUUAUGAGCACUUGAACAGCACUUCUAAUCCUCCAAGCACUUUACAAAUGCUGUUCAAAACAUCCUUCCAUAACAGAUACUAUCCUCUGUUGCAUAAAGAGAAAUUAACAGAGAGGACAAGUGACAUGCCCAGGGCCCCAGUGCAAACUGGUGAGACUGCCAAACCUAGCAAUAAGUUUCAGCACUGACUCCUCACCUUUUCCCUUAGGAUCUUUAAGUAGAAAUUAUCCUAAGUAUUACGUUCUAGAAUGCACAGCACAGCCAAAGUGUGAAUAUAACACCAUGUUAAGGACAACUCUAAUCUGUUGAUUUUGUUAAGAGUUUGACAGCCAAUACUGUUCUGAUCUCUUAAAGUUGUCUGUGACUCUUUUCCCCCAAAACAGAUUAGGUAGAAAAAGCAAAACAAUGUAAUGUGGUUGACAUUUAGAGAAUGAAACCUCUAGGAAAGCAACUUCACAUGCACACAGCAUAGCAUAACAAUGCAGACACACGUAGCAUGUCCUGUAUAAUUGAUGAGCUGCUUACAGCCACUGAUACCAAUCCUCUGAACAGAGACUCCUGCAGAACUUCUCAGGGGUACUCCACCAAAAAAAUAGUAAUCCUAAAUCAUGAUGAUACUUUUAUAGAUCCUUUAUAACUGAACGACUUCAUUUUUUCCAAGUUAUAUAUCAUGAUCACAGAGAAGCCUAGAGGAAGGUUCAAAUAAGUUAAAGGGAGAGCGUACAAUAUUCAGCAGACUACUAUCUACUCAUUACAGGUGAAAACAGGGCUGUUUAUCCAGGCCAGAGGGAAUGUGCUAACACCUCUAACGAGCUCUUAACACUUCUGUCCCAAACUCCCAAGACUGAUGUUUGCAAUUAAAGAUCAUUAGCUUUCUCUCAGUAGUUUAGAGGAGAGCCAGAAAAUAAAACUGCUUAACGCCUUUGAGGUGCCCAAGUUACUGCCAGCUUGUUGGAAACACGAGCUGAGUUCUACAAUAACCAGUGGGUCCAAAACAUAAUGAGUUCUUGUAGAGAGAUUAAGAAAACACUGAUGUAAAGGAUUUUAGCACAAACAUUACAUUGUCUUCUUGCCUCUUCAUUAUGCAGUUAUGUAAGGCUUUUGAAAUUAACUGUUUCACACAAAACUGCCUGGAAAUAAAAAAGCAAAUGCAGAAGGGAUGUGUACCUUCACUUGCUUUCCUUCAGUGCUCACCUCUUCUAGCACUGGGAAGCUCACAACAAAGCGAGCCACCUUCCACAGUGGUGCUGUGUCAGUCCAACUGAGGACAAGCACGUACACCUCAGGAAUGGCUUUGUUAUGAUUUGAUUUAACUGCACAAAGUACUUGCUGUUCGCAAAGCAUUUCUGGUAGAUGGAGCAUUUAGAACUAGCUAUAAAUUUAGGUCAAAACACAUGGAGGAUAUGAACUGUGUUUUUAAAAUGCCUUGCAUUUUAAAAUGCCUUGCAUGGUGCAAGCUGAGGAACCAGGUACUUAUACGCAUCAGAUUAUUAAAGCAAAAUCUUCUAAGUGUAUAAUAAUUUCUUUAUUUGUGUAUAAAUACAAAUUAUUUUGACAUAAUAAUAAUAAAGCUUGUUUUUUAAAAUUGUGUUGCAUGUGUAGUUCUUGUGCUUUUCAAUUUUGUUUUGACAAAUGGCCAAUGGCAUGACUGAUAGAGGAUUGUUGGUGUAAACAGGAGCAGUACUAUGGUAGCAUCUAUUUUUUAUACUCAUAACAAACAGCAGAGCAGGAAGAUGCGCUUUUGCUUCCCUCCCGUGCCUGGGGAGAGGAAAGGAUGCUGCCCAGAAUGUCGGCACUAAGAGGUAGGGAGCUGCAGAGUAGGGACAGCACUGCCACCUGCAAGAAGUCAGGGUGGGGGCUUCUGUUGCACCUGCCAGAGCAGCGGAGCUGCAAGUGCCUUCUUCCCUUACCCAGGCCAGACCUGUCCCAAUUCCAGUGCCCAGCACACCCCACUUAGCUGCCUCUGUGGGUUGCUCUGUGCAGCACCUUCUUUACAGAAUGAGGCUUGUACAAAAUGGCAAGAAUAGGCUGGGGCAGGAAGCCCAGUCCACAGCUCAACUGCCUGCAGCACUGAGGAAACUAAACCUUUCCUUUUCAUCUCAAAAGCUUUUUACCUCAUUCCUGCUUGACUCCCAUUUCUUUAUUAACAGCAUAAAUUCUCACACGGGCCUCUUACACAUACUAUUUGCUUUCCAGCCUGGCUAACCCCUAGGAUUAGCUUCCUUACAGACAUAAUGAACAAUGCAACUUCCUGGCUCUGAAUAUGGCUUGAUCUCACCCAAGAUUAUUACAAAGUAUACUAAUCAUUGAACAAAACCACCUAGAAAUGGCAUGCAGCUUCCUAAUCUGCUUCUGGUUUUACACUGCACUAAUGAGAAACUCCAGUGAAUUACUUGUCUUAAUGUAGUUUUGCUCAGAUGCAACAGCAUCUGUCUUUCAGCCAACACUAGAAAAGGCCAACCAGCUCAAUACCCUGAAGUGGGGAGCUCUAAGGUACCAGUAAUUGUGUCUGAUGGUUGGGUGGCUCCCUGUUUUCUUGAACAGUGCUGGUAUUAUGGCAGAUCUAAAAAUCCAUGCCAGCACCUUUAACUUGUCCCAGACCUGGCAAUGUAAUCCCUCAGCUUUUCUGCCCUGAGCCUUGAGCAGUACAAAGCCUACUGAACCCCAAGCUUGCUUUAUAACAACAGUUUAGUUUUGCUUUACACAAAACUGCAGAGGAACUUGUCAAUUAUAAAACAGCAGCCAACUCUGAUAUUUAAUGAAGACUAUCAGCUCACAAAAGGGCAAGGACAGCUGUAGAAAACAAAAAUGUGAGUACGUGUAGACCUUGACUUGUAUGUUCAAUUUAUUUGUCUUCUGCUUAACUGCCCUAAAGAAAAAAACCCCAACAAAUUAAACAGCUUGUACCACAUAGCACAGGUCUCUAAUCUCUGCAAGUCUCAAGUGAAAGAAAACUUUAGAAACUUCACUCCUUAAAUGAAAUAAAUUUAAAUAUAAAACCAAAUAACACCACCACUAAAGUGAGUCAUACUAUCAUCUUAAUGUUUCCAAAAUGCUGCAAUGUUUUGCACAUAAAAGCACUACAAAAUUUACAGGACAGAAGCGAGAGGCUUUGGCCCACACAGGGAAUCUGUAGUAGCUAUAAGCCCACUGAAAAGCACAAAGGAUGUUUGCAGUUGUGGAAAGAGGUUUAUAGCAACAUUCCUGUGAAAAUUAUCUACAACAGAAGACUAAUUACAUUGAACCAAGUCAUUUAAACCAACUGAAUUAAGACAGUUCCUGUUUUAGAAACUGUUUCAUGUUCUUAAUAUCUGACAAUAGAUAAUAAUUUUUUGAACCAUACUUUUUUUCCUGAUGUGCCACAUUGUAUUAGCUACCUUGCAGGAUUGAUAUAACAUAUACACAUGUAUGACACCAGAAAUAGUUGUUACAGCCCUGAAUUUAAUAAAUAAAACCACUUAGGCACACAAAACCCCCUCCAGUGGUCUGCUCCUUUAAAAGGUGUAUUUAAGUAUAAAUCUCUCAGUCUUCCUUAAGUGAGACCUGAUUUCUGUAAACAAGUAAUUAUUUCUGUAUUUGUACCACCAUACCUUCAUGUUCUUACUGCAGUAGCUUUAUUAGGUACUUCCAUAAUUCUGCAUUCUUUCCUUACACCAAAAUACCUAGACCUGGGAGCACUCUUUUGGAUUAUAUUCAAACAGAUUUUAAAGCAUCUCUUUAAACCCCAAGUGGAACUUGCUUCUACAUUCAGAAACCUAAAUACCUUCUCAAGCACAUCCAUGAAAAAAUCUAGACCUUU